CAUGGCUCCAAUCACCCGGCGAUCUGCUCUAUGUUGCUGUCUCUUGGUGUCUCUGUGGUUUGGAGGCGGCGGCGUCCUGAGGAGUGAAGCUGCGGAAGAAGAGGUGGGUGUUUACGAGCUGAAGAGAGGGGAUUUCUCUGUGAAGCUCACCAACUAUGGCGCCACUGUUCUCUCCCUCAUUCUCCCCGAUAAAAACGGGAAACUGGAUGAUAUUGUUCUUGGGUUUGAAACAAUCGACGGGUAUAAGAAUGAUACGACCUACUUUGGAGCCAUUGUUGGACGAGUUGCCAACAGAAUCGGAGGGGCUCAGUUUACCUUGAAUGGGGUUCAUUACCGGCUGCUGCCAAAUGAUCAUGUCAAAAACAUGCUCCAUGGGGGUCCCAAGGGAUUUAGUGAAGUCAUAUGGACAGUGCAAAGCUACAAACAAGACAGCCACAUUACUUUCACUUAUCACAGCCACGAUGGUGAAGAAGGAUUUCCGGGUGAUCUUGAGGUGUCUGUGACAUACGUGCUGAUCGAAACAAACAAGCUUGGGAUCAAAAUGGAGGCCCAGGCUCUGAACAAGGCUACGCCAGUGAACCUAGCUUCACACACUUACUGGAACCUGGCUGGCCAUGGCAGCGGCGACAUCCUAGGCCACGGUCUCCAGCUCUUUGGCUCGAAGAUCACUCCAGUGAACGAUGAACUAAUUCCCACCGGAGCAAUCGUCAACGUGGAAGGGACAGCCUUCGAUUUCCUGCAGGCUCGCCCCAUUGGGAGCAGAUUCACGGAGGUGCCGGAGGGGUACGACAUCAACUACGCGCUGGACAACGCAGGAGGAAGCAGCAAGCAUCUGGCAAAGGUGGCAGUGGUAGAAGAGAGAAAGUCAGGAAGAAAGAUGGAGCUGUGGGCUAACCAGCCGGGAGUGCAGUUCUACACGGGGAAUAUGCUGGAAAGAGUGGAGGGGAAAGGCGGAGUCGUCUACUCCAAGUACGCGGGGCUGUGCCUGGAGACGCAGGGCUUCCCUGAUGCUGUGAAUCAUCCCAGCUUCCCUUCACAGAUAGUGAAUCCAGGGGAGAUGUAUGAGCAUGUUAUGGUUUACAGAUUCACAGCCAAUUAGAAGCAAGCAGAAGUACUAAGCAGCAGCAACAGAAGCUGCAGCACAUUAUAUGCAAGAUUGAGUUCUUCUUCCUUUUUGGGCUAAACUAUAUAUAAUUUGAUAGAUUUAGAUUGAGUUGGUUUUCCUUUUACAUGGGAAAAGCUUUAGUUUAGUUUUUUUUUUCCUCUUGUUUAGGUCAUUUGUUCAAAUAAA